AUGGCCUUGUCCAAUAUGUCCAAAGAGGAAUGGGAGGAAAUCGCCCAGACCAUUCCCAGCAAAGACGAUGCCUUCAUCCAGAAGUACAUGACCGGCCGUGAGGCCCUCAUAGCAGAGGAGAAGAAGCAACGAAGUGACCACUCAUUCCGCCAGAACCUCUCGCCAAUCGCGCAAAAGGCAUGCCGGAUUGUGGAAAGGAUCCGCGAGGAGGAGCAGCGCACGCUUUGGACGCCCGAGUACGAGGACCGGCUGGCGGUGCGCGAGGGCUGCACCAUGCACAGCGGCAUGAUGUUCACCCUGGCUAAGGGCCUGAUGGAGCGCACCAAACUGUGGCGCAUCGUGCGGCGGAUGCCCAAGGGCUCCAUCCUCCACGCCCACCUCGACGCCAUCGUCGAGCUGGACUACGUCUUCGACACCCUGCUGUCCGAGCCGGGCAUGCACAUCUGCGCCCCGGACGCCCGCCUCGGCACUAGCGAGGCGAGGGCCGAGGCCGUCGUCAACUUCCGCUUCUUCGCCCGCGACAGGAACCCGUCCAUGUCAAUAUGGGACGACGCCAGCUACCAGCCCGGCGAGUUCGUCCCGCUGGCCAAGGCUGCCGACACCUUCCCCGACGGCGGCCGCGAGGGCUGGAUCCGCUGGAUGAAAAGCAAGACCACCAUUUCCGAGACCGACGCCGUCGAGCAGCACCACGGCGUCGACCACGUGUGGAGGAUGUUCUCCAAGUGCUUCGUCAUCAUGGGCACUGUCAUCCACUACGAGCCCAUCUUCAGGAAGUUCCUCAGGAGGAUGAUGAAGCAGUACUAUGAGGACGGCGUUUACUGGGGGGAGAUAAGGUUCACCUGGCCGCUUAAUUACUACCGCCUCGGCCAGGAAGUUCCCGAAUCCAACUACAGCCACAUGUUCACGGUCAUCGACGAGGAAAUCAAGGCGUUCCAGGCGUCGCCCGAGGGCAAGGGUUUCUGGGGCCUGCGCAUGAUCUGGACGUCCCUGCGCAUCUGGGACCAGAAGUCGAUCGUGCAGAACAUGGACCACGCCAUCACGACCAAGCUCGAGUUCCCGCACCUGCUGUCCGGUUUCGACCUGGUGGGCCAGGAGGACAUGGGCCGCCCGCUGACGGACGUAUUGCCGGAGCUGUUCUGGUUCCGCAAGCAGCUGGCCGAGGAGGGCCUGUCGGACGGGGCGAUGCCCUUCUUCUUCCACGCGGGCGAGACGCUGGGCGACGGCACGGCGACGGACCAGAACCUGUUCGACGCGGUGCUGAUGGGCACCCGCCGUAUCGGCCACGGCUUCAGCCUGUACAAGCACCCGCUGCUCACCGAGCUGGUCAAGGAGCGCCGCAUCCUGAUCGAGUCGUGCCCUAUCUCUAACGAGGUCCUGCGCCUCUGCGGCAGCAUCAUGAGCCACCCUCUGCCCGCCCUACUCGCCCGCGGCGUCCCAUGCGCCCUCAGCAACGACGACCCGGCCAUGCUCGGCCAGGACACCGCCGGCAUGACCCAUGACUUCUGGCAGGCCCUGCAGGGCUGGGAGAACCUCGGCCUGGCAGGACUGGGCAGUCUCGCUGAGAACUCGAUCCGCUGGAGCUGCUUCGAGGACCAGACACAGGACGAAUGGGCCCGCGACGUCAAGGAGGCCAGCCUCGGCUCUGGGAUCAAGGCCAGGAGGCUCAAAGAGUGGGAGAUCAUGUGGGAGAAGUUCUGCCUGUGGGUAUGUGAGGAGUACGGGGAGGAGUAUGGCGACGAGUAG